CUUUCUUUUCCUCAGCUUCAUUCAUAAAUCUUUGAUACCCAUACAGGAAAGCAGAGAACCAGCUGCGAAAAAAUGGCGUUUACAUUUGUUGCUGCUUGCUACAUUUUAGCACUCAUUUUGACAGCCGUUCUCAUAUUUUUUGCAAUAUUCCAUAUAAUUGCCUUUGAUGAGUUAAAGACAGACUAUAAAAAUCCUAUUGAUCAGUGUAACAGCCUCAACCCUCUGGUGUUACCUGAGUACUUUAUCCACAUUUUCUUCAACGUUCUGUUGCUGUUUGCUAUGGAAUUCUUCACUGUGAUCCUGAAUAUACCACUUAUAGCUUAUCAUAUAAGAAGAUACAGUAAUAGACCUGUGAUGAGCCAGCCAGGAUUGUAUGAUCCAACUACUAUAAUGAACGCCGAUCAGUUAAACAGAGCAAUGAGAGAAGGAUGGAUUAAACUUGCUUUCUAUCUUAUCUCGUUCUUCUACUACUUGUACAGUAUGAUCUACGAGUUGGUUUCUUCAUAAAGUUGCAGUGUAUGUGUGUGUAGCCAUGAACAAAGUUCUGACAGCGAGAUUACAGUGUCACAUAAUUAUAGGCAACAGUUGCCUUGUGUUGCCAUGAGUGUUAUCAUACUCCUAGAGUUUUUAUUUGCUUUUAUAGGAAUCAGUGCUCUGUCAUGCUUAAAAACAGGUUUUAAUGAAUGACAUUGUGUUGAUUGGCCUUAAAUUCACUUUUUUGAGCCAUUUGCGAUAAUUGCUCAAUUUCUUUUCUUAUUUGGCUGUUAAAAUUUCACUAAAUUCUUCCUAAAAUUGAAAAGUUUUGUGGGGUCUUUUUGUAUAUAAAUGACAAGAAUCUGACAGUGCUGUGAAAACAUAUAGUGACAUACAAUGAUACAUUAAUUAAUUUUUAUGCCCCCCUUCGAAGGAGAGGUAUAUUGUUUUGCAGAUGUUGGUUGGUCGGUCGGAAUGUAGACCAAUCCGUUUACAGAUGAAAACUCAAGAAUGCUGGGGUCUAGGAUCAUCGAAGUUGAUAGGGAGAUUGGUAAUGACCAGCUGAUGACCUAUUGAUUUUGAGGUCAGUAGGUCAAAGAUCAAGGUCACAGUGACCAGAAACAGUUGAACGGUUUCUGGAUGAUAAACUCAAGAGCGCUUGGGCCUAGGAAUGUGAAAGUUGAUAGGGAGGUUGUUCAUCACCAGCAGAUGAACCCUAUUGAUUUUGAGAUCAGUAGGUCAAAGGUCAAGGCCACAGUGACCAGGAACAGUAAAACGGUUUCUGGACGAUAACUCAAGAAUAUUUGGACUUAGAGUCGUGAAAUUUGAUAGGGAGCUUGUUCAUGACCAGCAGAUGACCACUAUUGAAUUUGAGGGCAUUAAGUCAAAGUUCAAGGUCACAUUGGCCAGGAUCAAUUAGAUGGUUUCCGGACGAAAACUCAAGAACACUUGGGCCAAGGAUCAUGAAAGUUGAUAGAGAGGUUAUUCAUGACCAGCAGAUGACCCCUAUUAAUUUUGAGGUCAGUAGGUCAAAGGUCAAGGUUACAAUGACCCCAAACAGUUUAACCAUUUCCGGAUGAUUACUGUACUUGAGAACGCUCGGGCCUUGGAUCAUGAAACUUGAUAGAGAGAUUGGUCAUGACCAGUAAUCAUGACCCCUAUAGAUUUUGAGGUCAGUAGGCCAAAGGUCAAGGUCACAUUGACCCAGAACAGUUAACCCUUUCAGGACGAUAAUUUUAGAAUGCUUGGGCCUAGGAUCACAAAACUUAAUAGGGAGGUUGAUCAUGACCAGCAGAUGACCCCUGUUGAAUUUGAGGUCAGUAGAUCAAAGGUAAAGGUCACAUUGAACCAGAAGAGUAGAACUUUUGUUUACAGUGAGCAAAUAAUUUCUGUUCCUUGUGCAAUUACUGAAUGCAUCAAGGGGGGCAUUUCGUGUUCUACGAGCUCUAGUCUUCUUACAUUUAUGUCAUAGUUUUGUUGGAAAUGGAAAAAGAUAAAAUUAAAGUUAUACUUGGUGCAGUAAGCGCAAAGGUUU